GUGAUUUUGAUGAAUCUCAUGAUUUAGAGGUCUUGCAUAUGUUAAAGUGUACUCCGUAUACUCCGCACUUCAUGACUCUAUAGAUAAGCUAUGAGACAACAAUUCUUGUAUGGGACCAAUAUAUCAUGACAGUUGCAAUGAUGGUGAAAUCAUUGGCCACGAGAUGUCCUACGUAAGUUGUUGAGCAACCACAAUAUGCGAACCGAAACCGCGAAAUAAACUUGUGACAAUGACAAUGUCCGAUUGUUGAGAGUAAUUGUCCUCACGAUGUCGCUAUUGCGCCAACAACCCUUUAUCUAUUUCAGAUACUCAUAUGUCAAGCACUAUUUCUGAUGCUCAUAUGCCGAACACUAUGCAGCGCUGGUUCCCUCAAUUGAUACUAACCUUACGUCAUGGUAUCUUGGUUUAGAUAUGCGGUUUAGCUUCGAGAGAGAUUCAUCACGCAACGGAGCCUAUUGGGUGUUUUACCCAACGCCCAUCGCUUGGGACAACGCACAAGACAACACGUUGGAAACACGUACGCCGAUUCAAGACGAGACAUGUGCUCUCGACAGCUCCCGACGGCGUACAGCGGGGGCCCAACCCCCUUCACGAACUGCACGAACCCGUAACAGACGCUCAAGUCUUCUAGUAGUAGCGACGAGGCAACCAGUUUCGAAACACGACCGUCAAGAGACAUUGAAUCUACCUGCCAGGCUUUCCAUUUCCCACGCUCGAGUCGCCACGCCAAAGACCGUCAAGGCCACGGUCACGAUCCAGAGACGACAAAGAGCCCCUCAGCACUCGUACGACGAACCGACGAUGAUGGCCGAACCCAUUUCGAUCCCCUCUCACCCGACUCUUACUCGUUCUCCAGGUCGGACUACCAGAACGCGCGAACAGCAUGCUGAUCCUGUGGUUGCGUCGUCCAAACCGAUACCUAUCAAGUCGCAGCGGGCACGAGCUCGAGAUACACAGGUGGAGGAGGGCCAAUCGUCAUUGCGUCGGUGUAGAACAUGGCUAAGACAGUUUUCAAGGCGGUCGUAUGAGGAGGAGGAUAAUGAUGAUUUAUUGGUCCUUCAGUGUGGCGAUGAUGUCGGAGAAGCAGCGUUCAUCAAGCGAGGUAAAGAUGAUCCGGAUAUCCUUCCUGCGCACACGACGCCGGAGGAGCUGUAUGAUAGCUCAAUGUGGACUUUCGGUUGAUUUACCUUUCUGUUGUAUCUGGAGUUACCUCGAGGGUUCAAUUGGUAACGGUGAUAAUGAGAGGAUUAUGUUAUGUGCUGCUUUCUUAUGGAUGAGUACGAGUAGUGUAAUGGACUAAUGACGUGCUACGGCGACUAAUAAUACUUGUACGAGUAGUUCCACCUAACAAACCCCACAUAAGCCACAUCAGCCUAUCUUUACCAGACCAGGCCAGACCAUCUAUCGUUCCCUCGUUUACCCUCUCAAGUAGCGGGAUGCCGGUUGUAGGGCAAAUGCAGUAUCUUGUAAAAGAAGAUGCAAUAAUAGAACUUUGCGAUAAACGAUGGUGGUGUUGAGGGUCCGAAGUAAUCCAGGUACAGUGCGUGAGGCUGCCUGACC